AUGGGGGUACGGACCAAGCGUGGUCCUAUUCCUCCGGAGGGGACGAUCACCAGUAUAGCUUACAAAUUGGGGAACCACGGGCUGAUGCUGCUGCUGUUGGAGACACCCUCGGGCUUUGCAAUUCUAUCUUUCGAUGGGGUCCAGCUCUAUCUACCAGGCGCCAAGGAGGUACCUGUCUUACUUUGUUUGUGGUUAACCCCCGUUGAAGAAACAUCACAUGUUCAAGUGUAUCAAGGUCAUCCUUUUUUUUUUCUUUGUCAGAUUGUUUGGCUCAAACAAUUCAAGAAGUUCAAGGACAAGUCCAGCGCCAUUAGGUCUGACACUGGUGUUUGCAGAAGGCUGUCUAAGUUCAUCAAGAGGUGGCGCCGUCCUGGGCAGAUGUUAGUUGUUGGGAAACCUGAGUAUAAAACAAUCAUAGAAGCGAGCAUGGGCAUACCUUGCAUUUUCGAUGAAACUGUGAUGGAGGUGAUGUGGGGCGUGAAGCAUAUCAUGCAUAGUCUAGUGCCUAUGGAAAAAUCAGAGCUGACUAAGGAGGAACGCCUCCCCAUGAGUCAAGGACUAAUAAUGUUCCUGAAUCGUAAAGGCUUUGAUGUCAAACCAGAGAUGGUGAGUUUGCCAGUUUCCCAAAUAUAUUUUGCCUUCGUAUUUCUCAUCGGUGACGAAGCAAUGCUCUUUGUGUCCAGGUCAAUGAAUGAACAUUUGUUAUUGGAAACUUGUUGUUCGUGUUGUAACACGGGGGGAGUGUCUUUCUUUCAGAUUUUUACAGCUGAGGAGCUAUCGAAGUUCCAGGAUGAUGCACACGAAUAUGACGACAAGAUCUCAAAGUACCCAUGCCGAAGAAUCUAUGAAGAACUAGUGUGUGCCUUUGAAGCUAGAGCAGCGAAUAGAAUACUUUUGACCUCCUUGGUUAAGGAGGCAAGUGCGUGUUUCUCUCCGGUACCCGAAGCUUGCAAAGUACAGCCAUCACAUACAGCUAAGAAUAGCAUCAAUUCAUUCGAUAACCUGCCGAGAAAAUUUGUAAUGCCGGCUCCUGCUAUUGAGCAAGUUUGUAGAACAAAGAAGACCGAGCAGCCCUCCAGAUGGGUGCGGAUGCUUUCCAACGUGAAGCUCUUGCCUCACAUGCUCACGGUUUUCAUGAAGCGGGGGCUCGGAUCCUGCAGAUUGCUGCAGGAGAUCAUGACGAAGGUACAUCGCUGGAGGAAGAUGAAGCUGUUGACAUGCAGGAAGAUUGAGAAUGUUGGUGGUACAGCUUGCUAAUACAGAUAAGAAGGUCAAGAAGUCCAUCGGCUUCGAGAUCCACGGCAGAUCGAGUGAAGUCGGCGACCAACAUGGAUCCACCGGUGCAAGCAUCGUCGAUUCUAUCGACCGACGCGAGGGUUCGCGAUUGUUUUUCUAUUUUCUUUUUGAUUGAGGGUUAGCGAUUGACUGGCUGUCCUUUUUCUUUUAGAAACACCUGUAAUUUUACUGAUUUAGAUAAAAAAAUAGAAAAUAUAAUAAAAAUUUAAGAAUGAGAGUAAAUUUCUACUCACAAAACAGAUGAUCGCUAGACGAUGACGAAAAAAUAAAACUCUUGAAGAUGCGAGAUCCCGCAUCCCUCAGUGCCAAGAUGGCAGCCGGAGGCGAGGAGACCAAUAAUUCCCUAACGGCGACGGCUGCCCUAGACGAAACCCUCGCGUCACUAGGUUGAGAACUGUUCCUUGGAGUAGCUGCCCGAUCGACUGGAUCUCUGGUGUUGUUGCCUGGAAUGUAGACAAAUGGGCCGGGAGAAAAGGCCCAAGUAACCAUGAAAUUCAAUUUGACUCCGAGUGCAUGUGCUCUUGUGCGAGAAAAGAAUUUUGAAAUGUCAAAAGUAUCCCAGCAAAAAAUGUGUGGAUUCAGUCACAUCCAAAUGCUACCUGCAAAUAUUAGGAUAAAAGGCUAAACAUUUUGGCCUAUGCAUAAAAACAAAUUGAACACCAAAUGUUACCACCAAUUAUGUCAACCCAAAUUUGUUUUUUUUUACCGACGAAACACCAAAGCUCUAUUUCGCAUGAAAAUUGUCAAGCAUGCUUGCGACACUAAUACGAACAAUCACAAAAAAAAAACAGAAUAUUUUAAAAACAUUUUACUGCUCCCUCCGAUCCAUAUUACUUGUCUUAUAGUUCUCUAGAAACAUAUGUAUCUAACACUAAAAUAUGUCUAGUUACAUCCUUGUCAAGACAAAUCUAAGACAAAUAAUAUGGAUCGGAGGGAGUACUUUUUUUGAAUUACUGUUCAUGCGGGAGCAAACGCUCCCUGGAGCCAAAACGCCUCCCUCCCAUGCAACCAGAGAUCUCAGUUUUUCCUUUCAGAGUAGCGUAACUUUAGGACAGUGGUCAGGAAAAAACUGCAUGGGACACCUCACUGACAGCACAUCUAACGGUCCACAUUGGCCAGAUCAAAGAAACAAACGGCCAAAAACUGCCAAGUCAUGAUAGGGCUGGGAUUAGGUGCGGUUUUACUGUCCUAAAAAUGAUGUUUGCUACCAUUUCUCCUAUGAGAAUAAAUGCACAUAGGAGAAGGCACUUAUUGACACCACAUACACUAUAUAAUUACAUAUUUGUUAAAAUAAGCUAUGCAUUCCGAGUAGGGCAUUUUGGAGACCGAGCUCCAUGGAGGCCUUAAUUCUGAAAAAUUCAAAAUUUAGACUUUUCAGUUUCAAAAAAUUUGAAAAAAGUAUACAAGGAUGCAAUGUGUAUGUGUGUAAAAUUUUAGGAUGAAAAUACCUUGAACUGCGAGCUGCAUAAAAAAAUCAUGGAUUUUGAGGAUGAGUAUGCUAAAAAGCCCCCGAUUUGUUUUUCUUUGUGUAGCUCACAUUUGUAACGUAUUUCAACCUGAAAAUUUACACACAUGUACAAUAUUUCACUAGGUCCAUGCACAUUUUUUUCAGAAUUUUUUUAAACUGGCAAGUUUGAAUUUUUGAUUUUUUUUUCAAAUUAAGGCCUCCAUGGAGCUCGGUCUUAGUUUGGCAUUUUCGAUGCAUUCCUCUUCUAGCUAGAAAGUUCUAUUGGCAUAUUGUUAGAGUCUUCUAGCUAGAAAGUUCUUUUCGUAUAUUGGUUAGAUUAAGUAUAUUUAGAGCCUCUAUGAUACUUCGGGAUACUAAAACAUAUAAUCACACUAUGGUAUAUCUUAGGCAUAAACUAGUGUAUAUGGAUUUAGUUUUGUUGUUGUUUUAGUCAUACUUUGCUUAAAUUUAGAUGGUAAUCAUUGUAGUAAAACAUAUCAAACUAAAAUGUAAAACAAAAAACAUUCAAUAAAGAGUUAAUACUUAUUCGUUAUUGUAUUUGUAAGUGUAUAUAAUUAUUUGAAUUAUAUAAAACUUUGGGUGCUAGCUAGCAUUAUUAAAAAUAAGAUUUUGUAAUCCCGAUUGUAUCAAUGGAAUAAAAUAGUUAAACAAGACUCAUAUGCAGUUAUGAAUAAGUAUAAAAGCUUACUAUAAAUUAAAUAUUGAGUAGUUUACUAUAAAAAUAUUGGCAUUUUAAUAAAUUUUUCUUUCUCCAAUAAACUCUGUGAACACUUAGGGCAUCUACAACGCGGAUGCUAAUGACGGAAGCGAAGAUCAAUUUCCCAUUAACUUCACUCGAUUCUCAUUCGAAGGCAGGAAUCUAGCUUAUGUCGGUAAAGAGUGAGUCGUCGGGCGCUCGAGGCAUUUUUAUCCCACGAGAAAAAACAGAAAAAUCGAAUCCCACCAAAAUCUUAUGCAUCUUUUUCAUUAUCAUAGUGGAUAUUUGAAAGAUGGACUUUGUAUCUACUAAAGUAUAUACUUUGACUUUAAUGCGCUAAAAUUUAGCUCAUAAACAUAAAAGCACGGUAUGAACUUUUAUUAGCGCCUGCCAAUUGUUAUUUGCGUUGGAGACAUGGAUGCUAACACAGACACUAAGCCAAAUUUUUGAAUUUUAUUUUUGUCUAGCGCCCAACCAAGCGUCUGAGCAUUGGAGAUGCCCUUAGUGCUAAAUGCGCAUUUAUCUAUAUCAAUCGGGUUUA